AAGCACUGUCAAGUGUCACCCUUUCCCUGUUUUUCAUUUUUUCAAGAAAAUUUCAAAUACGAGAAACUUGUUGCUAUUUUAUGAUUUAUUAAAUAACAUUGUUAAUACUGAUUGAGUAGAGUUAUCAAAUUGGAAAUUGGUCUGGAAAACCGUUCACUGUGCCAUGUCACACAUAUCCGACUUAUUUGGUGUAGUUAGAGGUCUCCGUCAGGUGAUAGAAGCAGGGAUGAAAUUGCAGCAAGAGAGCGCUAGACUAAUAUGGAAUAACUGUAGCAUCAAGCAGCCUCUUCAGAAUUGCACAACUAACCCACUAUCAGCUUACAAACCUAACUCUGAAAAUAUGGGUGAUGUAUUGGACAGAACUAUGGUGGUUAUCCAUGGUGUCAGACAAUAUGUUAAUAUGUAUAAAUCUAAUUUGAAUGGCAAUACAGAGAAAGCUGUUAUUAUGGAUCCACAAUUAGAAGAAGACGUUGAAAAUCUAAACAGGCAGUUUGAUGAAACUUUUGAAAGCUUGAAACUGGCACAGAAGAAAAUUGUUUUCUCUGCUAUUCCUACUCCUGUUGAGGUACUUGUUGGUGGAAGUAAGAGUGAUUCUGAAGACAAAACAAUGUCUCUUAAAGAGGAUAUUGUUAAAAAUCCUGUUGCUUCUCUGCCCAAUGUAGAAGCCAGUACCAGUAAUGCAGUUCCUAAGCCAAUUGCUAAGAAGAAAUUAAAACUAAGUGCAGAUUCAAAGGCCCGAGAAGUUCCAUCGUCACGUAUAAGUAGAAUGAUGUCCUUUGGUACCCUCGCAGCUGGCCUUGGCGUGGGGACAGUGGCCCAGUAUGCCCGUAAUACUAUACAGUCUGUCACAGGACGAGUGGAUGAGUCGUCUACUUUAUUCCUAUCACCGGCUAAUGCUGAAAGGAUUGUUGAUACCCUUUGUAAAGUAAGAGGUGCAGCAUUAAAGCUUGGCCAGCUUUUGAGUAUCCAGGAUGAAUCUGUGAUACCAUCACAGUUACAGCACAUAUUUGAUCGUGUUCGCCAGUCAGCAGACUUUAUGCCAUCGUGGCAAGUUGAGAAGGUCAUGGUGUCACAACUUGGGCCGAACUGGAGAGAGAGGUUACAGCAUUUUGAAGAGUUGCCCUUUGCUGCAGCUUCCAUUGGCCAAGUACAUCUAGCAGUUCUGCAUAAUGGUCAAGAGGUUGCUAUGAAAAUUCAGUAUCCAGGUGUGGCUAAGGGCAUCAAUAGUGACAUAGACAAUCUUGUUGGAGUCCUUAAAGUGUGGAAUAUGUUUCCGAAGGGUAUGUUUAUUGACAACGUGGUUGAGGUGGCAAAGAAGGAAUUGUCAUGGGAAGUUGACUACAUACGUGAGGCUGAAUGCACGCGAAUGUUCAAGAAGCUUCUAGAACCAUACCCUGAAUACUAUGUUCCAGCUGUCAUAGAUGAACUAUGCUCCUCAGAGGUAUUAACCACUGAGCUAGUAGAGGGUACACCAAUAGAGAAACUCUUCGACGCGCCUUACGAGGUCAGAUAUGACAUCGCAUACAAGAUAAUGCAUCUUUGCCUACGGGAGAUGUUUGUAUUACGAUGUAUGCAAACCGAUCCAAAUUGGGCGAACUUCUUCUAUAACACCAAUACUAAACAGGUAGUGUUACUGGACUUCGGAGCAACUCGUCAGUAUUCCAAAGAGUUUAUGGAUCAAUAUAUCGAAAUAAUAAGAGCGGCAUCCGACGGUGACCGAGACGCCAUCUUGAUGAAAUCACUCGAAAUGAAAUUUUUGACAGGAUACGAGUCAAAGGUAAUGGAAGAGACUCACGUCGACACUGUGCUCAUAAUGGGAGAGGUAUUCACUAGGAAAGGUACCGGUGAGUUCGACUUCGGUGCCCAAAACACGACGAGGCGCAUCCAAGCUGUCGUCCCAACGAUCUUGUCCCAUAGACUUUGCCCUCCGCCAGAGGAAAUUUACUCUUUACACAGGAAACUGUCCGGUGUCUUCCUUCUGUGUUCGAAACUGAAAGUCAAAUUGAACUGUCGGUCUAUGUUCGAAGAGAUAUACCAGCAGUAUAGAACAUUGCCGUAAUUUAAAGUGAAUAUUGCUCUAUACUAUAGCCUUUGAUGUGUACUAAUUACCAAUAAACAAAUUAAAAAUGAGGGUAUAAAUAGUCAUUUCACACCUAAUAAUAAUUAUAAUUAACUUGUUAUUAAAUUAAUGAAAAUAAGUUUGAUUAAUAAGCUUAAAACAAUUAGAUAUGGUUAAUAUAUUUUAUAAACAAACCAUACAUUUAAUUUAAAAUAAAUAAGUUAUGGAAUGAUAUGAGCUUUCUGCUUUCAUUUCUAAUUUCUUUGUUGAUAAUAGUAAGAGAGUUUUUGCAGUUACUCGAGCGCGGCAGAUAAAUAUAAGGGUCUAUACCUUGCACGUUGUUGAGUACCUCCACCAAAUAUGAGCUCAUAAUAUUGGUGGGUACAUAUUAUGAGGUACAUAAUAUGUACCCAUUGGUGGGUACAUUUAGGACAACCAAAAAAAAUAACUUUGAAAAUACUCAAACAGCACUUCAGAUUAACUAACAGAUUUACUAGCCACGAGCGCGAUAAAUUUUUUACUUAUAUUGUGUGAAAUAAUCUCCUGAAUAAUCGCUCAUGACGAUUUCAGUAAGCCAAAGUAAAAAAAAAGAAUGUUUUUAAAGUCUGUAGUUUUUUUUCCACCGUAAAAUUCGAAAAAAGUAUAUGACCAAUAUUCUUUCAAUCACUUAAUCUACCAAAUGCAAUAGUUCCCCAUGACGCUUUAGUAACUGCAAAUUUAGCAUCUCGGGGUCCCCUACUAUAAACAGUACUCAUCAAGAAAGGCUAUAGUAUAGAUACAGAUAAGUUAGCCCGCAUUGCAUCAUCACUUACCAUUUGGCCUAUUAUGUAUCUCAGUGUAACCACAGAUUAAGAAUAAUAGGCAGAUGGAGUGCACGGAACGCGACGGUGUCGUAGCCGCUCUAAAUACACAAUUCAAAAACUAAUACAUUCUCGAGUCAGUACGACACGAAGCGCAUCAGUAAUUUUCAAUAGUAUUCAAGAAAAAUGUCUUAUGUUUUUAAAUAUUUUAAGAAAAAAAAAAUAAGAUGGAGUAUUUUUUAUUGGUAAUUAUUGAUUAUUUUAUUAAUUUACGUAAUUGUUGUUAGUGUUAAAUUUUUAAAUACAAAUUAUGAAAAACAAUUGUAUUUUUUUCAUGGGUUUCACCGGCUUCACCACGCUGCUUGUAAAGACUCACUCUAUAUCGUCUUUACCAUUUAAAUAAAGAGUCACUACUUCGUUUUUCAUCGUAUUUUCGUUAUUUCAAUCAUCUAACAUUGUGUUUUCAAUGAAAUGAAAUAUUUAUCGUCAUUUUACGUAAUGUGACAGUUUUUAAGUAGUGAUAGUAGCAAGCAGUAACUUUAUUUUAAGGAGAAACCACUAUUUACGUGAUUUUGUUAAAAUAUACAUGUUAGAUGAUCGUAAAAACAAAAUAUUACUGCCACUUGAUGUAAAAUGGCGUCAUAAUCAUCUCCUUACCCUUAUCCCACUUAAGUGGGGUCGGAAAAAUAUGUCAAUCUUUUCCAUUCUUCUCUAUUACUCGUCAACUCAUCAUCCACUCCCUCAGACCAAUUAUAGAAGGAACUGUAUAGCACUCAUAGUCACAAACAAAAUUGUCUGUCAUUUUCUGAGGAAAACGAGCUUAGAUUUGGUAUAUAUCAUAUACUAAAUUAGAAGAUUUUGCCCGAUUUUUACACAAUUCAAUUACACAAAAAGGUAUUUUUACGGAGCUCUUUAACCGACGAACACGAUUACAACUAUUUAACAUCGAUUCUAUAGAGACAGUUUUUAUAAUCGCAUUAGAUCGUUGAUCAUAUACUUUGACAGAAAAGUAACGUCUAGCGAGGCAGGUCCUAUACAAUAAUUGGUCUGAGUCCACUCCUUUUACACACAUGUCCUCUUUCACAUAAUCCAACCAUCUCUUCUUUGGCCUUUCUCUCCUCUUAUGUCCUUCCAUUGAUGUAAAAUGGCGUAGUGAAGAUAAUUUUGAUGAAAUAAUUAAAUUAUCACAUAAAACAAAAUCGAUGUUAAACCAUGUAGUGAAUUAUUAUUUGAAUAAUACCCCGAGAUACAUAAUAACCCUGCAUGUGAGAUUGUAGUCAAGGGCUAACUUGUAAGCAUAAAAAAGAAAAAAACAAAAGAAAUGAAAGAAAGAGAGGUUCUUUCAUUGCUUGCUUUUCUCACUACACCUAUAGC